GAGCUCAGUAGGAAGCCAGGGGAUCUUCUAUCUUGAUCCGAAGCUCCGUGACCAGACAUGUCUCUGACUCAUCAUCUCCAGUGCACUGCUACUGCAAAUUAUUUGAAUUUCCUGUGAUUCUGUAACCAAGGACGAGACGCCGCGGUGAUCGUGGUGGGAAGGACGCUUUGGUCCCGACGGAGCGGGGACACCGGCGGCAGGCAGACCCGGACAGCCACAGACGUCACAAAAUUGACCCACAAGCCUGUUCAUAGGGCCGGGGUAGCGCCUGGACACCGAACAUCCUUCUUUGUUCUGUGUUCUUGGUCAGCUGGAACCCCCCAGAAAUCUCCGUGAGACUAGAUGGAGCUUGCUUUGGACCUGCAGCCCCACUCCGGCAUGUCCCCAGGGGCUGCGGGGGGCCGCGGCAGACGACAAGAGAGCCGAGUGGGGCCGGGGCUGAGGCCCUGAGGGGAUGCCCAGGGAGGGACAGCGAUGCCCAUCACACAGGACAACGCGGGGGUCUUCCUCCCCCUCCUGUGCCAGUGGCUGCAGAACAGCCGGCGGGAGGGGGCCGAGGGAGCCGAGCAGCAGCUCUGCCGCUCGGCCGUCCAGAAGCUGAGCGAGUACAUCCAGCUCAACUUCUCCGUGGACGAGAGCAACCUGCAGCCAGGGAGCUGUGGGACUUUGGAUACGGAGAUCUGCACCAUGUACCUGGCCCAAGAGAUGCGGAAAAAUGAAGUCCUGGGCUUGAGCUUUGGGAAUAUCCCUGCUCUGGGAGACUAUGGGGAGAAGCGUCGGGGAGGAAAGAAGAGGAAGGCGCAUAAGGGGCCUGUGCUCGACGUCGGGUGCAUCUGGGUGACUGACUUGAAGAAGAACAGCCCGGCCGGGAAGUGCGGGAGAGUGCGCCUGAAAGAUGAGAUCCUUUCUCUGAACGGGCAGCUGAUGGUCGGUGUGGAUGUCACCGGGGCAAGUUACCUAGCCGAGCAGUGCUGGAAUGGCGGCUUUGUCUACCUGAUCAUGUUGCGCCGCAUCAAGCGCAAAGCGCCCCUGCCUCCCUCCAACGGCAACAACAGCAACAGCUGCGACCCCAAAGCCAAGCCCAGCCCUGAGCCCGGAGACAGAGCUGCUCAAAAUGGGAAAAGGACCAGGAAGUUCGGAGUCAUCACCAGGACGCCGGGCAGCAAGGACAGCAAGGAGAAGCUGGGCUCAGAGCACGGGAACGGGCACUGCACGCCGAUGGAGGUGGAGGUUGCUCAGCCAGAGACCUCUGAAGCAGAGAGCAAUGGGGAAGAGCAGCACCAGGGCACCGGGGCACCGUACCGGGGCCGGCUGUCAGAUGAUGGCAUGCCAGACAUUGGGGACCAGGCUGCCCAGCGAGAAGGUUGCCGCGUAUGGAAGAUGCACAUCCUGAAGGGGACGGACGGGCUGGGAAUCCAGAUAACGGGAGGCAGAGGGUCAAAGCGGUCCCCUCACAGCAUCAUCGUCACCCAUGUGGAGGAAGGCGGCUCUGCACACAGGGACGGCAGGCUGAUGGCCGGCGAUGAGCUCCUCAUGAUCAACGGGCAGUCGCUGGUGGGGCUCUCCCACCAGGACGCCGUGGCCCUCCUCCGCUCGGCUGCUGGCCUGGUGCAGCUGGUGGUCUCUAGCAAGGAAUCUUCUGAAGGGGAUCUUCUGAAGUAUCCAUCUACCAGUUUGCCAGACUUGCUUAGCACUUGCUCAGUCCAAGACUCUGUCUCUUGCACUGACAAUAAGGAAAACGAAGAGCCAGAAGAAGAAGAUGUGAAAGGAGUGAAUGUGUCUCCUGAAAAACUGGUUGCUGUGAUGGAAACUGAGAAGUCUCAAGAUCCAGCUUGUGCAGAAGUGUCCAAAGGAAACAAUCAGAGUUCAACUCUGGCAAGUGGCAUACUGAAAUACAGAAGUCGAUCUCAAGGUGCUGGAUCCCGCUUGGAGUCUGUGGGAGAAGACGAUGAGCUGACAGUGGAAAAUGGUGAAUCGAAUUACGAAAUAGCAGUGAAAUAUUCCCGGGGUGGAAGAAAGCACUCUCUGCCCCAGCAGCUGGAGUCAGCAGGAGCCAGACAGGACUACCAUAUAGUGAAGAAAUCCACCCGUUCCUUCAGUGCUGCCCAGGUGGAAUCUCCAUGGAGACUGACCCAGCCGUCCAUCAUUUCCAACAUUGUCCUGAUGAAAGGGCAAGGCAAGGGUCUUGGAUUCAGCAUUGUGGGAGGUCAAGAUUCUGCUCGUGGACGCAUGGGGAUUUUUGUGAAGACUAUAUUCCCAAAUGGAGCAGCGGCUGCUGAUGGAAGGCUUAAAGAAGGAGAUGAAAUCCUGGAAGUUAAUGGAGAGUCUCUGCAAGGACUGACCCAUCAGGAGGCCAUCCAGAGGUUUAAGCAACUCAAGAAGGGUGUGGUGACACUGACGGUGCGCACACGGCUGCGCAGCCCCAGCCUCACGCCCUGCGUGACCCCCACCCUGCUGAGCCGCUCCAGCUCCCCCAGCGCCAGCGGCAGCGUGCCUGUCCCUGGCCUCGAGGAGCCCGAGGGCUCCUCCUCCAGCCGCAAAGGACCUGGCCCCAAGGACAGGAUCGUCAUGGAUGUGACACUCAAUAAAGAGCCAGGGGUCGGGCUCGGCAUUGGUGCCUGUUGUCUCACGCUGGAAAACAGUUCACCUGGGAUAUACAUUCACAGCCUGGCCCCAGGAUCAGUGGCUAAAAUGGAUGGCAGAUUAAGCCGGGGUGACCAGAUUCUGGAGGCGGAUUCUGUGAGCCUGCGUCACGCAGCGUUAAGCGAAGCCUACGCAAUCCUCAGUGAGUGUGGACCAGGCCCAGUCAGCCUAAUCAUUAGUCGUCAUCCUAACCCAAAGGUUUCAGAGCAGGAGAUGGAUGAAGCAAUCGCACGUACUACUCACCGAGAGAGCAAGGACUCCAGCUCCUCUCACGUCACAGGAGCUGUGCAAAAAAGUCCAUCUCCUAGUGUGAAGGCCAAACAAGGAGAGACCUCAUCUCCCCUCAGCUGGACUAUGAAACGCUUCUUGGAGCCAGCAAGCCGGCAGGGAUCCGUCAGCUCUGAGGCAGAGCUUUCCCAGUACUUCUCCCAUGAUGGUUCGAGCCAUCUCCCCUUCUCUGAUGCUGUCCCUGCCUCGUGUGAUGAGGAGCAGCUCCGUCAGAAGAACCGGAACAGCUGGCUGGACGAUGGCUCUCUUCUCCCUGGCAGCCUGACUGCUAGAGAUGCAGGAGUGACAAAAGCAAAUGGUUUGGCUUCUCCAGCUAGUGGGAGGUCAUCUGGCCAUCACAACAAGCACGUGGAGUCUGUCCGACCCGGCAUCCUCAGCGACAGCCCCAAAUCUGCCCGCAGCCCCUUUCACCGACAGAGGCGGGUUGUUUUCUAUGAUGGUGACGCCAGUGAUGACGAUGAAAGUUCCCACUUGCACAGAAGCCAGAGGGCCAAGAGCCAGGAGGAUGCUGGCAUUGUCAUAACAACCUCAUCUGUAGAAAUCGAUGAUGAGAGCCAGGACAGUGAGUCAUCGAGAUACAGUGGCAUGGAGACAUCUUCCCCUGUCUUCAGCAACUCUGUGGAGUCUGCAGACAGCACACUGGAGCAAGUUGAAUCUCCUUUUUUCCCCAUCAUAGCAUUUGAUUACUCAAGUGUGCCUGAAGUUCGUCUUGGCAGCCUGAGUUUGAGGGAGCUCCGGGAAGCACAGCUUGAAUCCAAGAGAUCUCCAAAACUUGAGCACAGAGCAGUCACUAGAGUGAAAAGCAUGAUGAGUACUGAGUGCCGAAGCCUUCAGAGACACAGGACAGAGGAGCAUGGCUCUUACAACAAGCCUGUUGCCAGGAUGCUCCCUCACAGCAAGAAGUGUGAAGCACCUGAUGUGGUCGGGCAGGGCCAGGUUGAAGUCGUCACUCUGGUUCGCAAUGAGCAUGAGUCAUUUGGCCUGGAUUUGGAAAUCCAAGCCAUGCCCUUAAAGGUUGUCGUCACAGGGAUGCGGCCAGGGGGACCAGCAGAAAUGGGAUCAAUGGGCAAGAUGGCUGUAGGAGAUGAGAUUACCACUAUCAACAGCAUCCCCGUCAGCAAGAUGAUGUACGAGGAAAUCUGUUUGCUUAUGCAGUGUCUUCCCACAUCCGUAACCCUGGAGAUCCAGAAGGCAGCGUCAGCUGUCAGCAGAUUUACAAACCUCAUCCUGUCUCCAGGGGUAGACACUCAAAAUCAGGCCAAUGUCAACAGCAUCCUCACAGCAGAGGAAGAACAGAGUUCUGGGAAGCGAGAAAGAGCAGGUCUGCAGGCUGCUGUCGGCGGCUGCGCAGCGGAGAGAGCAACACUGCCGCCUGAUGCCGCGAGCAGGGACGUGCACAGAGGUGGCCCGAGGGCCAGCCGUGAGGAGGACUGCGUGGCCAUCCCUGUCACUGACAUCGAUGACCUGCUCAGCCAGAUGGGUGCCCCCGAGGGCAGGGCCUCGCGCACCCCUUCGCGCGCAGAAAGUCCCCUCCGGGACGAGUACACCACCAUGUGCUGCUGUGGCACUGACGAAGGCUGCCCCGGGUCUGAGCCACGAGCACCCAAGGAGGAGCUGCUGGAAAAAACUGUGAAUUGUGGAGCUAAUGCACAAGGGGUUUUGGGGCUGUCUGUGUUGGACUCCAUUAACACAGGCAAACUUUUUACUGUGAAUAAAAACUCUUUAAAUAACUAUUCUAGGAAUUUUAGCAGUUUAAAUGAGGAUGAGUUGCCUCCAGCAAACUCUCUGGAAGGUAAGAGAAGUGACCUGUUUCCAAAGUCAAUGUAUGGAGCUGCAGAGGAUUCUCACUCGGAUGCAGAGUCUGUCACAGAAGCCUUUGACAGUGCUGGUGAGGUUUUGCUAGGGCAAUGUGCUGCUGCUAAUGCCCCCACAGGCUCUACUGUAACAGAGUCAGAUGAGGAGCAAAUUGAGAUUUGUUGCAUGAAUGACGAGCUGCAGAAGCCCGCUCAGGAGCAGCAUCACACCUCUGGAACAAGCUCAUCCUCACUGUCCCCUUGCAGUGGCAAAGUUUUGCAGAAUGAGGGCUGUGCAAUGUGUGGGUCACUGGAGACAAGCAUCAACAAACUAGGUUUGGAAGAUCGUGGUGGUCCCACUCCAUGUCCUUCACAGUGUCCAAACGUGUCCUCUGCAUCCUUGUGUUCUCCUUCCUCAGUUCUCCUGCCAGAAGAAGACAUCCUAAAGAAUUCAGUCAGUAUCCCUGAAGUUUACUCUUUCUGUAACAAUGGUGCCUUACGUACAGAAGAACAGAUGGAUUUGGGAAACAGUGAUGAACAUAAGAAAUGCUGUGAAUCCAUUGAAGAGAAAGGGUCUCUGCACUGCAAAAAGACAAGCUUUUGCUCUGCUAGAAAUGUCAAUGUUUUGGAGAACAGCUUGUUUGAGAAAGAAGGAUGUCAUGAUGAACAGAGAUCCAAAUCUGAAAGUGAAAUGGCAGUUGAUGACUGUAAUCAUGCUGUUCAUUAUUGCUCGGUGAAGAAAGAAACCAACAGUUUGUCCACCUUGUCUAAAACAGACAGCAAUCAUGUGAAUGCAUCGUCAACAAGAGGAAUAUCACUCAGGUCACCCUUUCCCACUAGAUCUAAAGAUCCAAAGGCUAAUGCAACUCAUGAAUUGCCAGGAAAAAAUGAGAAAAUUAACUCUGUGACUUCAGGAAGGUCUUCAAAUGGAAAAGUCCAAAGCUCAGGCACAAAUCACUGCAAAGGAGCUGCAGUACCGCACAGCCCAUCCUCACAGAAAAAAUCCUAUCAGGAGACUAAGGCAAUGGCACAAAAAAGUAUAAUGGACACCCUUUUAAAUAAUCAGAAAUCUAAAGCAGGACCAAAGCUAAAAGGGUUCACCAUCAAAAGCAAAGCAAAGACAAAUUCAGAUUCUUCUGGCAUUACUCCUACCAAAGUCAAUGGGGUUGAUCAGAAAAGGGCUUCUGUUUCUCCACAACUAUCCCCCAAACUCCUGGGAAAGAAAACACCAUUGUCCCGUAACUCACCUACAAACUCAGAUCCUGGAAAGAGCAUUUCAGCAGCCUCAAAGACUCUGAAAUCAGAGCUAGAAAAUAAAUCAUCUUUGGUAAUUUCUGAAGAUUCACUUCUGCCUCUCCUGAAUGGCAGCAGCAGUCCAACCACUAGUGUUGAAAUGAAAUGUGGCUGUGGGGAGCUAUCAUGGGGAAAGCCGAAAGAGAAGCAAGUUUCCAUGCAGGCUGUGGUGUGUCUGGGUAAGGAUGCUAAGGUGGAUGAUUUCAGAGCCAGAGACAGUCAGUCCAUAGUCACUUCACCUCCUCAGGGAAUACCAAAAGCUGAAUAUGUAAAAGGGAGGACUGAUAACCCUGGAGGAGACCUGAACACAAUCAAAAGCAUCCAUAGUGCAGAUGACCUUAGGCAACUAGAUCUGCAAAAGGUAGGAACAGCUGCUGGAGCCUGCUCUUCUUCAUUAGGGUCCCCCUCAGUUCAGCAGGAGCACCUGGAAGGGCAGGAGAUCCAACGCACCUUCAUUGAGGUGAAACUUUCUUCCUCAUCAUCCCCUUCCUCCUCCUCCUCCGCCUCAUCCUCACCAGCAUCAUUUUUGCGGCUGCCAUUGCUGGAGAAAGCAGAAGAGGUGAAUGCAGAGGUGCCUCGGCUGACUGAGGAGAUGGGGACCAUGCAGUAUUUCUCAAGAGGAGAUACUGCUGGAGACAGACGUCUCUGUGGCUUGUCAAAACCUGUGACAAGGACCUACUCAAUGCCAUCCCAGUUGUCGGGUCACUUGAGGGAGGACUGCCAUGUUGCAGAGGUUCACCCUGUGCAAGGCCCCCAGGGCCAAACUGCAGAGGAGAAAUACCCACAGGCAGCAACAGGGAUGUUGAAGAUGGUUCACCUGAAUCUGCCUAACAGCCAGAGUGGAAAGGAGCAGGCUUACGUCUCCAAAAGUGCCCAGAAGGUCCAUGGCACAUCCCCCUCAGCCAGUGACGUUAGCUACCCCACUGCUGAUAAACUGAGAAGCUUCAGGCGGAAUUACUAUUACUAUGAGCUGAACUGGCCACAUGAGCCGAUUUCAUCCUUCUCUGUCAAACAGAGGAUCAAAUCCUUUGAAAACCUGGCAAAUUUUGACCGGCCCUUUGUGAAGGCCAUUGAUAUAUGCUCGGCUGCAAGGUUGCCCCUUGCCAGGAGAUCAUGUGGUGGGUUGGCCACCACAUCCAGCUCUGCUGAGUCACCGUGGGCACUGCGGCGCAGCUUGAGCUCCUACGGUGGCAGUCCCAGCCCAGCCAGCAUCGUGGCCAAGUCUCCCCUUGGCACACAGCCUGUGUGUGUGACUGAGGGUAGCAAAGGGGAUGCAAAGCCCCAGAGGAGCGAGGAGGAUGGCGCUGGGGCAGUCAUGGCCGCCUUCCCCACCUCGGCCUCCCAGGUGCGCCGCAGCCGGGGCCUGGGGCGGCCGCCACUGUCCCGCUCCAGGCUGCGGGAGCUGAGAGCCCUCAGCAUGCCCGACCUGGACAAGCUGUGUGGAGAGGACUUCUCAGAGCCCCCACAGGCCGCCUGCUUCAAGACAGAGCUGGAAAUCACGCCCCGCAGAGUCCUUGGCACACCUGCCCAGAGCGGGGCAGCUCCAGCAGCCCGCUGCAGCCCAGCGGAGCUGGGUGGGAUGGAAAUGAGAGCCUGCAGCCCCCGGGACAGCGGCUCAGGGACGCCGGGCUCUGCCUCGGAUGAUGACAUGCCCCAUGGCAUCUCUCUGGAUGGGCGAAGCAGCUGGUCUAUCAGUUUGGAUCAGCUGCUCAUCUCAAGCCUGGACCAGCAAAAACUGCAAUCUGUUUUGUCAGUGGUAGUACCAAAAUGUGAUGUUGCUGCUAUGCUCCAAGAAGUCAAAGCACAAGUAAAGAGCAAAGAGGACACAUACUUUGUAGUCUUGCACAAAGAAGAAGGAGCUGGCCUGGGAUUUAGUGUUGCUGGAGGAAUAGACUUGGAACAGAAAUCAGUCACAGUCCACAGAGUAUUUUCAAAGGGAGUGGCAUCUCAAGAAGGGACUAUCCAUCGAGGAGAUCUUGUUCUGUCAAUCAAUGGCAAAUCUCUGGCAAACUCUGUCCAUGGGGAUGUCCUGAAUACUCUUCAUCAGGCAAGGCUGUACAAAUAUGCAGUCAUUGUCAUCCAGAAGGAAAAAGACAAAACAAACAAUUCCUCCAGACUUGAGAUAUCAGCUACUGGCAGAAAAUGUGUGGGGUCUGGAAAGGAUGUUUCCAUGGAAAUAGGAACAGAUCCAAACCUGGACAUGAAUGAUGUCAUCUGCGUUGAAUUAUUGAAAACCUCUGCUGGUUUGGGAUUCAGUCUCGAUGGUGGAAAAGCUUCCAUUGCUGGAGAUAAGCCCUUGCUUGUAAAAAGGAUAUUUAAAGGUGGUGCUGCGGAGCAAUCUGGAAACAUAGAAACUGGAGAUGAAAUUCUUGCUGUUAGUGGGAAGUCAUUAAUUGGGCUCAUGCAUUACGAUGCCUGGAACAUCAUUAAAUCUGUGCCAGAGGGGCCUGUUCAAUUGCUAAUCAGAAAAAACAGAACUGCAGUAUGAUGGAAACACUACGUCUAAUCACACUUGCUAAGACAAACCAUUUAUAACUGUCUAAAAGCUGUCUUUGCUUAUAAAGCCACACAGAAGUGUCUUAAUGCUUUACAGAGAGGUGCUAAGAGCCUUGGAGAACCACUGAGCAAGCAUGUGAUGAGCUUCAAAGAUCUCACCUAAUGAUUGGGGAUGAAGGAAGCCAAAAGUUAGAGACAAUUUUGUAUUAUGGGGCAGUUUUAUUGGAACUUCAAGACCUCUCCUGGGUUUGAUUUAAAGUAUUUUGACUGAGAUAAAUAACACUGUGCCUGUCCCUGAUAUUUUUAGUAUCUUGCAGAGUGUUGGUAGUAGAACUUGUUGGUUGCCAUCCUGUUGACAAGGGUGGGUUUUAGACUGUACUAUAUCACUUAGCUGUAAUAAGACUUAAGGACACUUCCUUGGGGUCUGGUCCUUUUUUUUGUUGUAAUAAGAGAAUGUCUGGAACAAUCUCACUUUAUUCUUCUAAGUGCAGUUUUGCUAAAAGUGCAUGACAAAAGAGUAUAAUUUUGCACAACUUGUAUGCCUAAAAUACAAGCAUUUUAUUGCAAAGCUGAAAAAUCCUCCUUAAAUUAAUGAACUAACUCAGCAUCCACCACAACUGAAUCUACUUCUAGGUGCAACUUGUAUCUGAAAGCACUUGGUGUUAAUGCAGUAGAAAUCUGUAAGAAAAUCAUGUCCAUAUAAUAGGUGAUUGUCCACCAAGAUGUAUACUGAGUUGUUAGUUAUGAUUAAAAUGGGGGCGAUAAAAAGCUGGGGUCUGAAUUUUCAAAUUUAGGCUUCUAAUGUUAGGCACCUUUAAAAUAUAUAUAUUUUUAAAAGGGGGAUAAUUUCAGGUGCUGAGCACUUACAGAUCCCACUGACUUCAGUGACUGCUAAGAACGUCUGCAAGUUGGGCUGCUUUUAUUUAUCUUCAAGAGGUUUAAAGCUGCCCAACUUGAAAGACUCAAGCUGAAAAGUGGUGAUCUGAAAAUGGGGAUUAUAACAGAUUAAAUCUGAGCUGGCCAUAUUUGUGGUGGCUUUUAAUUGGUCUUCUUUGUUUUCUCCUGUUCAGUAUUUAUUUUUGCUUGUGUGAGAGUGGGUUGAGAAUAUGUGUGUGGAUGAUGCAAGUACACCCAACUGUGUCAGGACUGGGUUGAUACUGAGGGUUCUGAGUGGUGAAAAUGAAAACUCUUUGUCUAGGUGGGAGAAACCAUGGUGUUGGGCACAGCAAAAGAGAAAGGGUUGCAAUGCCACAGGAGCUUAGUUUGGAUUUUCUCACCUCUACUCACAGAAGAGGUAUCAGUAGUGGGCCAUGCUGCUUAGUCUGCUGUGCUGGGAGGAGAGUGUAUGGGUGCAAGAGAUUAGACUCUGUUAUUUCUCUUCCUACAUCUGGGAUAGCUGAACAACAUAAAAUGCAUACAGGAGGAAAUGGGCCAGUGUCCUUAUCAGCUGAGAACAAGUUGUUUGUUCCAGAGUGCUCAGGUUGUACAUCACAUUAGGCUGGAGAGUGCUUGCAGCCAACAUCCCCAGGGUGAAGAGUCUUCAGCCUGGAACCAGUCCAAGUCUGAAGUGCUGCCUCUGUUUCAGUGAGCCAAGACACUGCGUAGCUGUUACAAAAAGGUCUGGGCUUGUCACUUGGCCCUUCCCCAAGAUCAUACUGUAGUUCAGUUUAUUUACAUUUAUUCAGCAGUGCUUGAAGCAAUUGCUUCCAGGUUAGUGGAGCACUCGCUUGGGUUCAUCUCUGUGACAGCUUCAUUAGACUGCAGCUCAUGAUGAGCAGAAAAAAAUUCAGUUCUGCAAGGCAACCUGAGACCAGAUGAACAGAAAACCUGUGCAAUGCUUGCCUGAAAUCAAAUAAAUAGGUUUAAUUCUUUUUCAGUGACGUAUUAGCACGUGAAUCCAGGGAGAGAUGCAGCUUUUGGUUACAGGAAAGGCAAUACUGUAUGUAGUCCUACAGCUCCUUUGCCUGCAGGAUUUCUGCUGAAACUAAUUCAGGUUCAGUGCUGUGAGAUGACUGUGGAGUUGGGUCCCCUGUGAACCCAAAGCUCAGCCACUCUGUCGGGACUGGUCCAUGCCUCCAGUCACCUCCGUGGUGGGAGAGGCUUCAGGAGGAUGCAGCUCUUAGGGCUGGAGGACCACACAGAUUCCAGGCCAGUGAUGGGAUAGAAGAGGUUACCCCUGCAUAUUUGCAGAAAAACAGGGAGAAGAUAAUUCAGCAGGGACAGCUGAAUGGUGGGGCCUUGUUCAGGAAUGACCAAAAUCCGACUGUCAUAGAGUGUAUAAUAGAUACAUAAAAUGCAUGUGGAAUUUAAUGCAGCAUAGUGAAUGCAUACCUGUAUACGUAUAGUACGUGCAGUGCAGUACUGACUUUUUGCUACUUUAAUGUGGUAAAUCACAGUUGUGUUUUAGGCAAUGGCAUUUUUUUCAGUCCACAGUCUAGAAUUCCGAAGGUUCCAUGGCAGGGAGGCAUAUGUCUCCCUCACUCCUAAACCGGUGUGAGCUCAAACGUAAAGUCUUCAUUUUGUAAAUUAAAGUUAAUUUGAGGUGUCUUAAGAUGAUACGUGGUGGUAUUUUCAGAUGCUAAUUUGCAGGUACUGUUCAUUGUGCGUGAUUUAGAAGGCUUUUUUUUCAGUAAUCAGAUACUGUUCAGUAUUUUAUUUUACAUGCACGUAGAUAAGUGUUGGCUGAGUAACAGCAAACAGAAAUGGGGAUUUUUGUGUGUGAUUCAGUAGUAGCUAUAAUUUAAAAGAUAGGUUUAAUGUUUAAAAUCUGAUAAUAGUUACUAUGGGUAGAAAGAUAACACUUCUCUACUAACAUUAGAGCAAGCAGAAGAAUUGUAUUUAACCCUGAUUGUUUCUGUUCCUGAAAAUACCUUUUUUUUUUUUCCCUUGUGAAAGAACAUCUUCACUGAUGUUGGUAUGAUUACAGUAGCAUUUCCUGACAUCUCUCUAGGGGUGACAUGCCCUGAAAAAGCUCCAGGAUUUAUGCAGUAUGGGUGUCUGCUUUAUUGCAGACAAGAUGGUUAGACCAAGCAGAUGUAGUAAAUUUUUGGUUACACACCUGGCAAAGUAAAUGUUCUUUUUCUGAGAGCCUGGUUGCACUAAAAUGAUGGAGGACGUUGCAUUAGUUCAUCGGUAUUCAGUAGGAUCACAACCAUUUUUCACCUUGCUGUUUGCAUAUCAGUCCCCAUGGUGAUCCUUCACCCUGCUGGAGUGUUGGCCAAACUCUAGGAGAGCCAGAGACUUGGCAGCUACAUCCUAGGAGACCAAAAAAUCAAGAUGAAAUUAUGCAUUUCUUCACCAGGGAGCUGAAGGCAUUCCAGACAAGGGGAGUUUCCUCCUAGAUGGAGAAGGUUUAGAGCUUUGGUGCAUCCAGGCCUGGGGCAGCUGAAGGGGCACAUCAUGGGUAUGAGAGCAGUGAGAUACUGCCAUUGCAUAUUCUGCAACCUUUUGUACCUGGAAGCUCUUUCCAGCUUCUCUAGGGACUGCAUCUGUAUUGAAAACUCUGAGAUUAGGGAGGGAAAAACAUUUGAUCAUUUUCUCGCUAAAAAAAUAAUAGAAGGACAGAUAAUUAUUAAGAAACUGUUAAGUGAUUAAUAUUUCCUAAUGACCCUCACUUAAAAUAACCCUGAUAAAUGUUCUGCAGUGGUUCUUGUCAAAUUCUGAAGGAAGUGUUCCCAGAUGGGAAUGUUUACCUGUUUCUAUGUUUAGGUUAUGUAAAUGUACAAGUGAAAAUAUUGAUGAAGAGUAGACUAGCUCAUGAGAGAAAUGGGGAUCCCACUGUAGGUAGAUUUUGUGUGUUAGUCUGAUACACUUAUUGUAUAAUAUUGUAUAUUUACACUUUUAUUUAUAUAAAUAAAACUUCUUUUAAUUAAAAUUGUUUAAUAUGCCUUGUAUAUUAUAAAAAAGUCAGUGCAAUAACAUUAAAUAGAUUGUACAUUUUUUGAUUUCUGUCCCUUCUAUGUCAAUCUGAAUUGCCAUAAACUGUUUUGCUUGGGUUUUUUAGUGAUUUUGAAAAUAAAUUGUAUCCUUAGUACUCCUCUAGA